GGGAGAGAGUGGGUUUUCAAAUUAAAGGAUCGUACAACUCUCCACCUCUGCUUCAGUCCCCUUUCUUCUCUUUUCUUUUCUUCUCUUCUUCUUCCCCUUCUUCUCCAAACUCUUGAGUAACCAGAAGAAAGUAGCACCCUCGUAAACUUCGCAGUGGUUGCAGGUGAAUAGGCAAAAAGAAUGAAAUCGGUGAAGAAGCAGUCCCACUCUUGGUGGUUUGACAGCCACAACAGCCUGCGUAGUUCUACAUGGCUGCAAUCUACUCUCCAAGAGCUAGAUGAGAAGGCCAAGGGAAUGCUGGAACUGAUCGAAGAAAAUGCCGACUCCUUUUCUCAGUGUGCAGAGUUGUUCUAUAAGAGGAGACCACAACUUGUGGAUAUGGUAGAACAAUUGUACCGGGCUCAACACUCAUUAGCUGAGCAGUAUGACCAGCUCAGGUCAGAAGUUCGAAGGCAUCAGAACCCUACACCAUUCUACUCCCUUAUCUCAAGAAGCCGAACCUCGUCUCCUUGGUUGAAUAGCCCAAUGGAUAAGUCGUGCGAAUCUUCCUCAAAUUCUUUUGAUUCUGAUCAGUCUGAAGUUGAUGAUCCUGAGGAAGAAGUCCAAGUCAAGAGCAAGACGACAGAAGUGGCUGAUGAGGAUAGCAGCAAUGAUGAGGUGAAGCUGAUGCAUGAUGAAAUAGAAAGACUUAAAGGCGAGAAUGAAAUGCUGAAAGUUGAACUAAAAGCAAAAGAUGAAGAGAAAAGAGAAGUCAUUAGGCAGUUGUCUUUGCCAAUUGGCAUUUUAAGUGAUGAGAAUGCUAGUUUGAGGAAGUGCAUUAAAAAGAUAGCAAGGGGAGUUUUUGCGAAUUAAAAGAACUGAAAGAAAUAUUUUCCUAGAAGUAGUUUGGUGUGCAUUCAACUUUGCUCUGUAGUGAAUGUGGAAGUAGAGGGAAAAAAGAUGACAAUAUGCAUUAGUUGUAAAUCAACUUAUAUGUGGCUUUUCUCAUGCACUUUGCUAGGUUUGGUUCCAUAAAUACAAUUUUAAAAGAAAGUCCUUUGUUUAAA